AUGGCUCUGGUACAAGACAGAGUGGUUGUAAUUACUGGCGCGUCUCGAGGAAUCGGUCGAUCCUGUGCUCAAGAGUUCGCAAAACAUGGAGCUACCGGAUUCUUGCUGCAUUACUAUGGUGAUGCAGCUACUGAAGCCGAGAUCCAAUCCUUGAAGCAAGAACUUAUCGAUGGGGGCAGCAACCGCAAAGUUGAAGUAGUUCCUGGAGACAUUGCGGAUCCAGAGACUUCCAGUAAAAUUGUUUCCAAGGCUGUUGAUGCCUUCGGAAGGAUCGAUGUACUUGUCUCUAAUGCAGGCAUUUGUCCGUUCGCGGAGUUUUUGACGAUGCCACACGCUACUUGGGAACGAACGAGACAAGUCAAUUUGGAUGGCUCCUUCUAUGUCACGCAAGCCGUUGCAAAUCAGAUGAAGGUACAGAACCCUCAAGGAGGCGCGAUCAUUGGUGUUUCUUCUAUUUCUGCUCUAGUAGGCGGAGAAUUCCAAGUUCAUUACACUCCUACGAAAGCCGGUAUCCUUUCUUUGAUGCAGAGUUGUGCGGUCGCUCUAGGGAAAUACGGAAUCCGGGCGAACGCCGUUCUUCCAGGGACUAUCGCGACAGAUAUCAACAAAGAAGACCUCUCUGACACAGUCAAGAGAGACGGCAUGAUUAAGAGGACGUGUCUAGGUCGACUUGGACAGCCUGAUGAUAUCGCUGGACCUGUUGUUUUCCUUGCUAGCGAUCUUGCUAAAUACAUUACUGGAAGCUCGUUGUUGGUUGAUGGUGGUCUUUUCGUGAACCUGCAAUGA